UUUAAACUUAAUAGCACCUCAUCUCUCUGCCACUGGUGCAGUGGCAUCUUUAAUUAAGAAUACCAAUUUCACGGUAAAAAAAAAACUGGACACUAAAAGGUGAGAACCGAAGGUCAGGGCACGAACGUCACAUUAAGGCAAACAAAAUGUUGAUCUUGAUUUUCCAGUCUAUUUUUGGCAAACCACACUUGGAUUAUCUCCUGCCUAACGCAGUACAGAUCGAAAUUUCAUCCCAUAACGUUCUGUGUGAAAUCAAAUGCAAUAAUGAAUUUUCAAGGGGAUUCUUGCGAUGUCCAAUAUAUAUCAGAAAAAGAUAUCAAACUAGUUCUGAGCGAGUACGGAUUUGGGGAUAGUGUAAUAGAAAACUACUCAGUGCGUUAUGUUGGCGAUAAAAUGGUUGGAUUUGGAGCCGACUACUUGAAGUUGCAAGUACCUGUGACAUCCAACAAUAAGAGAAGGCAGCACUACUUUUUCAUCAAAGCGGUUUCUCAGACGAAUACCGCUAAGGCGAAUAUGGAUAAGGAGAUGGGGACCUUUGAUAAUGAACGAUUAUUUCAUGAUGUUAUCCAAAGGAAUAUUGCAAUACCAGGUAUGCAGCCAUGGAGUGCAAAAUUUGUGUCAUGCCUCGAAAACGCAGUGGUGUUCGAAGAUUUGUCAGCACUACAAUACGAAAUGAGGAGUAGAUUUGCCAAGUUUGACGAGCAGCACACAAAGCAAGCACUUCAAGCUCUAGCUAGAUUCCAUGCUAGCUCCAUCAUCUUUGAGGAGACCCGGAGUAAAGAAUUACAGCGACCUUACACACUUGAAGAGCAGUAUAAUGAAAAAUUGGGGACAGGAGGCUUCGUUGAAACCGAUUCCUGGUUUAUUCAAUGCAGAAUAGGAGCUUUGGAAGCUGUUAAAACUUUCUCAAAGUAUAGGAACUUGGAUGUCAUGAAAAUCAUUGAAAAACGGUGGAACACCGUGUUUAACUCCAUUUUGAUUCUAGCCGAGCCAUCUAAGGUGCAUCGGAACGUGUUAUGUCAUAGGGAUUUGUGGAAUAAUAAUAUGCUGUUCCAUUAUGAGAAACUAGAAGACGGCAGUGUAGUGCCUGACAAUUGUGUGCUCGUGGACUUUGCUGCUGUGCGCUGCAUGCCGCCGGCGGGCGAUGUCAUGCAACUUCUUCACUGUAACUUGACCCCUCAUUAUCGCAAACAAAAUCUCGACACCUUUCUGUCCUAUUACUAUGACGAACUUAAACUUGUGCUUGGGAAUCAGAACAUCGAUAUUGAAGAAUUUUUAACUAAGGAUGACUUUAUGAGUUCAGCAAAAGAACUGAAUCUGUGGGGUCUUGUAACGCACGCGUGCUUAAUGCAAACGUUUUGGCUGAAUGAUGAUAUGAUGACAAACAUAUCCAAGGAUUCUGCGUUGUUCGACGAGAUCAUGUUGAAUGACAAAACUACUUUUAUGAAGAACAUGAUGGAAAACGAUGACGGUUACAAGAAUGUUAUACUGGAAGUGCUUGAAGAGUUUAUUGAACAAUACAUUCUAAAUGAAAACGAAAUUGAAAUAUAAAAGAGAUAUUUUAAGAUUUUGAAUUUUAGUUAACAAGAUAUCUAUAGGAAAAUAGCUAGACCUAUAGCCUAUUGUACUAUUUAAGUAUUUCUACUGUUAUUGUCAUAAUUCUCAUCUUAUAUAUAUAUAUCAUUUUAAUCACAAAGUUUAUUAUUUUUUAAAUACCACCGCUCUUAGGGAUUUUUUCGAUCCCCUGGGUCUACCCAAAAGCUGGGUGUGUAUGGUUAAAAGUAAAUGUUGUGACAGUGCCCUGUGGGAGUUGCAAGGACUCAUGUCUCCUUAAAGCGAAACGUCACACUUUCUAAAUCUUUUUAAUGGUGCUCGAAAAAUAAGGCGUGGCGUGGGUAAAUCGUCCAUAAAAUUAUUCCUAUGUUUUCCGCCGAUCUGGGAAAGAAUCUAGGCAGUGUAUGUUAAGGCUACACGCUUAUGUUUGCAUUUGUUUAACAUUAAAUAAAUAAAAUAAAAUAAAUAUUUGGGAAUAAUCUUACACAGAUCAACCUAGCCCCAAACGAAUCAAAGAUCAAAGCUUGUACUAUGAGAACUAGGUCAGACCGGACAUUGACGCCCCGCUGGACGCCGACGCUCGAGCACAACAAACAGCAUGCAGCCAAAAGUCCCAAGGUAUCGAACUGAGGGUCCAAUAGAUAAGGUACCUGAUAGACGGCAGGAUGAGGCGCGAGACGGCUGCGAAGACGGUCCAACAGAUCGAACGUUGACUGCUCUACAUAUGGCACACUACAGUGAGGUCGGUCCUAAUGUCCCACCUGUGGGCGGCAGGGCGAGGCGCGUGUCGUCCGCGAAGCCGCGCUGCGCCAGGC